AUGGCCGGGGGCUGGUGGGCGAAGGCGCAGGCGGGGGGGAUGCUGCUGGCUCUCCUCGGGUGGGUCAGCUCUUGCGUCACCACCUUUGUGCCGCUCUGGAAGAACCUCAACCUGGACCUGAACGAGCUGGAGGUCUGGAACAUGGGGCUCUGGCAGGUCUGCAUCACCCAGGAGGAGGGGGUGGUCGAGUGCCAAGCCCACGGCUCCUUCCUGGCGCUGCCCCCUGAGCUGCGCAUCUCUCGCCUCCUGAUGUGCGUCUCCAACGGGCUGGGGCUGCUGGGUUGCCUCCUCGCCACCCUGGGGCUGGACAGCUGGAGAGCCUGCGAGGACAAACCCGGGCAAAAGCAGCGUCUCCUGCUCGCCGGGGGAGCGGUGCUUGGCACCGCGGGGAUUACCACCCUGGUGCCGGUCUCCUGGGUCGCCUACAACACCGUCCUCGACUUCUGGGAUGAGACCGUCCCCGACAUCGUGCCCCGGUGGGAGUUUGGGGAGGCCACCUUCCUGGGGUGGUUUGCCGGAGCCUUCCUCGCAGCUAGUGGGCUGCUCCUCGCCUGCAGCGCCCGCUCCACGAGCACCGCGACACCACCGGCCCCUGCCUGCCGCCAGUCUCCAGCCCCGCGGGGUCCGGGCGGGGGCCACCACCCACACCCCAAAAUCGCAGACCUGGUCAUCUAGGGCCUCGCAGUGCCCUGCGUGCCUCAUGGCUCUUCCCCCGGCAGGGAGGGGUCCUGCAGGGAGGGCUCCUGCACGUUCCACAGGAUGAUUUGCUAAUUGCUACG